CGCAUUCACCCCUCGAACGCGUCGCUGGAACGACGCUGCCACAAACGCCGCUAACGCCAGACCAACGCCGUCCGUUACUACUUGCUGCUGCUGCUGCGUGAUAAACACCGCCGAACGACCGACAACCUGUGCAGGCGAAUGAAUAUGUGGGGCCGAGCAAACAUGGGAGUCGUCGUCCUGUUCUUGGUCGUCCUCUGCACCAUUGCUAAUGCGGAAGGUGCGACGGAUGUUUCUGCAGAGACUGAGGCGGUCCUCGACAAGGCCGUUGCGUGGCUUUGGGGAAAACGAGACAAGGAUGCCGGUUGGGGUAACGAGACUCAGCGAGUCCUUCUUACCCUUCGGUUGGCCAACUUGUCCCAGGAGGACGAGGUCCCGCCGCAACCAUCGCUGGAGCUGCAGCUUAGCGGGAAGCAAAUGGAACUGGAAAUCGUUCUUCUACUAUGGCGACACCACGAGAUACCGUAUGCUCCGAUGCGUCUGGCUCAGUACACCCUGGCGUUGAACGCCCUCUGCAUGGACCCGAGACAGUUUCACGGUCACGACCUGAUCGGCACGCUGCAGCACCACGAACCCCAACUCGACUUCGAAUUCGCUUUCUCAACCCUGGCCGCUUGCAGCGCACAAGCUCACGUAAGGAAGCGACAAAUCCGAAGACUCCUCGACAUAGCCAACGCCGCGCAGGAUCACAACAUCGACACGGUGGCAAUGGUGAUCCUCGCGCUGCGUUGCAUAGUCCAGGAUCAUCGACACCGGAAUCUUCACCACUUCGUGAGAAAGCCAUCGCUGGGUCUCGCCCAUCAGCAGCAACACGACGGGAGCUUCGGUAACCUGCACACGACCGCUUUGGUCAUGCAGGCACUCGAGGAAGCGGAAAACGAGCCGGCUGAGAAUUGGAAUCGGUCGGCUGCCGUCACUUGGCUAGCAGCUCGACAACGAUCCGACGGCAGCUUCGAUAAAGACGUUAAAACGACCGCCGAGGCAAUUUUGGGACUUUCGGCCAAGGGUCUGGCCAACAUUCGGGCUCUCGAUUGCGGCCAAGGCGUCGCCGAUGUCCUCCCACCUCGGCUGACCAAUCCAAACGAGAUCGCGUUGGCGGACAAUCACAGCGAGGUGAUCCUCCUCUCGCCUACCGGAUCCAACGUGACCAAUCCAACGGAACCCGCCGGCACCCAGGCUCCCACCAUGGUUAACAUCAGCUACACUCUCUGGGUUGGAAGCAACGUGAACGAGACGUACAACCUGACGAUAACAGCCCCGAGGAACGAAACUUUCUACGAGGUGAUGAUCACCGCCGCUGAAAUGUCGCCCCACUUCCAGUUUGCGGCCUCCGAAUGGCCGAACGGUCAUUAUGUUCAUACGCUGGCCGGAUACAAGGAGGAGCCGAUGUCGUAUCAUUAUUGGCUGCUGUACAGACUGCCGACGCCACCGGAAGCUGGGUCUCCACCCGGAAAUCAGCUGGUCGCACCAGGAGGUGUCGACGACCUGCAGAUCAGCGAGGGCGACCAUUACCUCUUCUGGUACAAAAAACUGUAAGAAAGUGCGAAUGCGGAAUCGGAAAGUUGAGGGGAAACAGGCAGAUUCCGACGGAGGGACGAGAAACACCGAAUUCAGGACUAAAAAAAAAAGUAACUCAAUGCGAAAACGGGAUACUCGAUGCAUCCUGACAAUUAGUUACGAUUUAACAACUGAAUAACUUGUAAUAUUAUUCAUCAGAGGAACAAUUAAUCAUUGUCGAGAUGGCGAAUCAAUCAACGAUCCAACUCAAAACGACGCGUGAUUUUGUGACGUUAUUUUGUCGCGCGUUGCGUUUCGCACGUUUUAUGCUCUGCAUCGACACGCGGUAACGUCAAGUUUUAUAUGAUGAAACUGCAAUGCACAACCAUAUUGUACUUAUUAUUAUUAUAAUAACAUUUAACGAAACAACCGAUAUAUCAUAGUAUUAGUAUUCGUAAUGGUACCAUUUACAUUUACGUGUAUACAUGAAUAUGUAGGUAUAUAUAUACACACACACACACACAUAUAUAUAUAUAUACAUAUAUACAUGAUUGAUCGGGUUGGCUUUUUCCACCUAUGGAGUCGUAUAUUGUGUUUUUGGGAUUCUUAUGAGAUAUACAAUUUUGAGUAACGAUUGUAAUUUAUUCAAUAAAGACGUGGUUAUCGCAUA